UGGUAAGACUAAUAUGGAAGUUGUUGCGCAAUUGUUUUGAAGUCGCUCACCAGGUAUCACUCACGUUUAUUCUCACGUUUUCAUUCUCAUGUUUUAAUUCUGAAAGAUUCCAUUGCAGUUUUUAUGAUUCUUCAGAAUGUUAGAAGAUGGCAUUCUUCAUACUCUCGCUCUCGGAAUAAAAUAUGCUAGUUUGACCUUGGUGCUCUAUGUACGUUAUGUUAUUCCGAAGCAUGACAGUAAAAGUCAAAGACUGACAUAGUCGUCUUGUCAGUGUCUACUACUUCUUAGCUAUCGCAUACUCCUCCACCCACUGCGUAGUUAUCCAGGCCCGCUAAUCGCCAAGAUCACCGACGGCUAUGCUGGCUUGUACGCACUGUCGACAAAACUGCCCCUUAUAACAUAUCUCGACCAUCUUGAGUAUGGUAUGCUUACUGUAAUUCUAUUCAACUCUGUCUCGAGGCUGAUUAUUCCAAAAAGGCUCUGUUUUCCGUGCCGGACCGAACAGGCUCGUGUUCAACACAACCACUGCCCUUCAAGGUCAGCGGAAACCUUAAAACUGCCCGGAACACAAGUCUCAAGAUACUAAUGCUCAUGUUAUGAUAUAGAAAUCUACAAUAACCACCGCCUUACCAAAUCACAUGUCUACCGACUCACGCUACAGGCUAGUGGUGUCGAGAGCAUUUUCAACUGUGUCGACAGAGAUAGACAUCGUUUCAAACGCAAGCUGAUAGCUAAAGUCGUCUCGGACCGUUCGGUUCAUCUAUUCGAGCCUACCAGGAAAGCCCAGAUUCAAACAUUCCUCCAGCUGCUGCUAGCAACGUCGAAGGAAUCCAGUCACAGCCCAAUCAACAUGACAGAACGAUGCAAAAGACUCGGUCUCGAUAUCAUCGACCUACUGGCCUUUGGUUUCCCGCUGAAUACUCAAACGGAAGAAGAGAAUCGUUUCAUGAUCAAAGGCAUCGACUUGGGUAAUUAUCGUGCCAAGUCCUUCAUGCAGCUCCCUGCUCUCAAGAACCGAUUUCUGGACCCUCUUCUUCAUGUAGUGACUCGCAAGGCGCGUUUGAACUACCUCAAGGUAUUAGAGCGUAUGAUCUCAACGCGGCUAGCUAUGGAAAAACACGCAAAGGUCGAUUUCUAUUCCUUCAUCGCCGAGCAGGUGGAAACGGGUGGUCCUGAUAGCAUCCGAUUCAACGAAUUGUGGUCAGAAGCUGUCUUUUUCUUCCCGGUGGGAGGGGACACAACUGCUACGGCUAUGUCAGCUCUUUUCUUCUAUCUCUCACGAAGUCCAGAGGCGUAUAGUAGACUCGCGGACGAAGUUCAACACACUUUUGCCGACGGAGAUGCGAUUAAAGGUGCCCCACAGCUCUCGGGCUGUCGAUAUCUUCGAGCGUGCUUUGAAGAAGCUCUGCGUCUUUCUCCUCCCGUAGAAGGUACUUUGUGGUACGAGCUUGCGAAAGGGGAAGAAAAAAAAUGGCCCACUGGUCGUUGAUGGACAUGUCAUCCCCCCCGGCACCCAACUCGGAGUGAACAUCUAUUCGCUACAUCACAAUGAAGCUUAUUUCCCAGACUCUUUCGAAUUUAGACCGGAGCGUUGGAUGAUUGAUGACCAAGAGGCGCUUCGCAGGAUGUAUACAGCUUUCGAUGCUUUCUCAACUGGACCUCGUGGCUGUGCUGGCAAGUCAAUGGCUUAUCUUCAGACUGGUAUGGUGAUUGCUAAAACGUUUUGGUAUUUUGACUUUGAGAUUGCACCGGGGAUUAUGGGCGCUGCUGGUGCUGGGAAACUAGGUGGAGGGUUUGGGAGAGAGCGUGGUGGGGAGUUUCAACUGUAUGAUGGCUUUACCUCUGCUCAUGAUGGGCCUAACUUGAUUUUCCGCACUAGAGGAGAUUACUGGAAGGAUCUAUGA